ACACCAAGUCCCCGCAUCGUCUUUUGAGCUUCGCACAGCUCGAUAUCCCGGAUCGAUGGGUGCUUGCACCCGGGACCACCACCGCCCCGAUGCAUCCGCGCAUUGAACGGCACGCGUACCAUGGCCUACAACCGGACGAGCGGUACGAGAUCCUAUGGCCCGGCGCUGAGAUCCCUCGCUGGGAACUGGGGGAUGCGAGAGAAGCAACAGCCCCGGAGCGCAAGUGCAAGCGCAAGUCCAAGUCAAAGGUAGCCCCCCUCGUGAUUCCCGGCGGGGCUCGAUGCUCGUUCAUGCUGAAGGGAGAGAGGGAGCCGGCGCCGAUGCCGCGGGCAUGGAGCCCGCCACCGCUGGAGCAGACGGAUCGAGUUCCCGGCGCCCCAGUGCUCACCGUUGAGCUGAAGGCUACGACCUCGCACUGGAACUCAAGGAAACGCCUCCCCAUAACAUGGACGAUAACGUAUCACGGCACCGCCGGGAGAGAAGAUGCUCCCCCCACCAACCCUCGACCCAUCACCUUCCGCACCUACGAUUUCUGUACUUACGGAGCCUUCCGCGCGUAUCGCCAGCGAUACAAGGAUGGAGAAUGGGAGUCCUACGACGAAGGCGGGAGCUGUCAGUUCCCCAGUGGUCCCGACGAUCCCUAUCAAGUGAUCGUGGGCAAGGAGAGAGAAAAGGCCGGCUUCAUCAGCCUGCAGCCGGGGCAGACGUACUCGAGGUCGGUGCAUCUCUACUCGCAAGACGAUCUGCCGCCGUAUCCUUCUACCGGGGAGAUCCUGCGCUCUCGGUUCGUUGGCUGUGUGCUGGACUGGUGGGAUUGGGGCACGCUGGAGGAGCAUGGUGAUACGGUGGUCACCGUGCCGGGGUUUCUGGGCGGGGAGGUCCUUGAGCCCAGGGAUAAUGGGGGGCGAGCCAGGGUGGUUGUGCCUGCUUCGAAUCUGGUCGAGUUUACGGUUCUUUGAGGUGGCUUACAUAGUCGCCGGUGUGAAAGGCAGUCCUGGUGGCCCGUCCUACUGCAGAAAAUGCUGCGGUAGAAGC